AUGAGUCUUAAGUUGAUCUUUAACAACGAAACGAAGAAGCUCGCAGUUGACAAAAACUACGAUGCACUCGUCCUGUACGUCAAUAAAGCCUUCACAGGGCUACCCUCGCCUUUCAAGUUCUACUAUAUGGACUCUGAGGGUGACCUGAUAUCCGUGACUUAAGAUGAGGACCUAGAGGAGUUCAGAGAGAACAAACCAUCAGAUGGCUUGAAAUUAUACAUAUUUGGGAACUAGAAGGAGGCCUCCCUGUUCUUUUCAUCUAAAGAUCAGACAAUGAUGAAUGAGACCUUCAGAAUCAUUAGCAAUAAUCAGCCUCAGGUGAUUAAUAUGCCCAACUCAAAUAGAAAUAGAAAUGAAGAGACUGCCAGAGAUAGUGGCAAUGCUCAAAAUCACUAAGAUAGUGCCUCUCAAAUCAAUAGAACACAAGAGAGCUCAAUCAACUACUAUGAUGUGAGAUAAUCAGCCAAGCCAUCAAUUGAAAAGGAAGAUUUUUUAACUCCUAAUGACUUACCUGAGAGAUAGAUGUCCAUUAUAGGCGGGCAAAAGAUGCAAAGUUAAGCCCUUAAAAAUCACGUACAUCAUCCAAAUGAGCAAUAAAAUAAUAUAGCAAGCAGCAACAUGAACAAUUCAAAUCAUCAAGAAAGGCAGUAAAUGCUUCAAAGCAAGCUAUAGAUGAUUCAAUAAGAGCAAGAUAUGAUCUUAAGUCAGAACUAGUUUAACAAAAUAUAUGAAAGAGACAGUGUUGACUAAGACAGCAAUAGUAUGAAUCUAGUUAAGUCAGAGAUGGAAAGCGAUUUAGUGGUUGUGUAAAAGACUAACAGCAAUAAAAAGCAGUAAAUGAUGGGUUAUUAGGGCUCUUAGUAUGAUAGACCAAUCAACUUUGAGGAGUUAAAGUCUGAAUAUGACAUUAAUGAAACAGGAGAGAAUAAUAUGUAUGACGAGUCUUAAUUUAUAGAAAACGAUCUUAUCAAUCAACUUAACUCCUAGAAAACUCAAAUUCAACAGAUUUAAAAUCAUAAGGAUGGUGGCUAAGACCUACAACAAAAGUAGACUAUGAAGACUGAUGAUUUUGAAUUUGAAGAUGGAGAAUAGAACGUUAGAUAUAUCGAAGAUAGCGAUGAUGAUGAUAAUAGGUUUAAUAGCAAUCUGAACAUGGUGGGUGGAAGAGCCAACAGAGCAUCAACUAAGUUGAUUAAGAUGGACGACUAUUCUAGAUCUAAUUCAGUACUAUCUACUGAUACUAAUACCUAGAUUAAAAGAGUUGAAACUUUUGCCAGGGGAGAAACUAUGAAUUCUGAACAAAAUAAAUCUGGUUCAAUUAGCCCUAGCAAGUCAAUCAACAAUCAGUAGGAAUAGUCAAAUAGCCAAAUCUAUAUCUAAGCAUAGGUAGAGGAGAAUAAGCUAGGGGAUGGACCAUAUUCACCUUCAAAAUAAGAGAAAGAGCCCUAUGAAUAUGUACCAGAAUAGCACUUUUAAAAAUCUGACACUCUCUUAACUAUACCAGAACUUAUUGAGAAUGAAUCUAGCAAAUUUGAAUAGUAACUCAGCAAAAAGGAGUCAGACUUUUAACAAGUAGAAGAGCAGUAAAAGUUGAACAUGGAUCUACUGCAGCAAAGUAUGAUGGAUGAAAUGCCUUGCUUUUCUUGCUGCGGAAAAGGAGCAGACAAGAAUGUUCCUUGUGGUUUGUGUGGAGGAACAGGCAAAUUACCCUAGGAAAUGCUAGAUCAAGUUAAAAAUAUUUUCUAAGAAGAGAUUAAUAAUACUGCUCCACUCCUAGUAGCUAAAUUAAUGCAAAACUAAGAUGAUCCAUUAAACUUGAACUUUGAACAUAUGACUGAAGAUAUCAUUCACCCAGAUACUAGAUGCUAUAAAUGUGGCUCUGAACCAAUUAAAGGAGUAAAAUACCGAUGUUUUGAGUGCAGAGACUACUAGAUAUGUGAGUUGUGUGAGAAAAUUGACUCUCAUGCAGAUAUUCACGCUUUCAUCAAAGUGAGACGUCCUGAACUUGAUCCCUUCCAAAAUAUGCAUCUGCCCCCAUCCAGUCACUUAUUCAUUGCUGAAUAGCAAAUUCAAUAAUAAGAAAUCUUAGAUUCAGCUCCAAUAAUACAAGAAUUAAAUAAAGUGGAGGAAGAAAAGAAAGAGUCAAAUGAAGCUAUUUUUGAACAAUAAAACCAAAGCAAUAUUUUCUUUGGCUCAUCUGAAAAUUGUCAGUAAUAUCAAUAAUAAGAAUAAAAGUAGAUUGUGAAAAAUCUACCAUCUUCAUCAUAUAAAGCUUCUCUUGUAAAAGAAAGCUUUGGUGAUAAAUAUGCUGUGGAAGCUGGACAAGCAUUCCAAAAAAUUUGGACCUUUAAAAAUGACUGUGAGCAUACCUGGCCUGAAGGUUUAAGCUUUAAUUAUACAAAUGGAUAAUUAAUGGGAGAAAAAUCCACCCAUAUUACCAAAGAAGUCAAGGCAGGUGAUUUAAUCGAUAUUGAUGUAUAGUUCACUGCUCCAAGCAAGCCUGGAACAUACAUUACUUACUAUAAACUAUAGUUUGGUAAUAACAAGAGUUUUGGCCCUAAAGUAUGGUGCGAUAUUUAAGUAAACGAACCUGAAGAUGAUCUAGCUAGACUUUAAAGAGAGUUCAACUAGUUCAAUGUUGCAGGUGGAGAUGCAGGAGUUGCCUAAUCAUAAUCCUAAGUCAUUUAAAAUAACCAUAACCCUUUAGACAGUAGUCAAAUAAUGGGUGGAGCUCCAAUAAUUCAUUAGCAAAACAAUCUACCAGUUGAUUAUCUUAAUUAAUCAUGGAACUAAAAUUAGUAACUUAACAAUUCUCAGAUGAAUUAUGGUCAAAUUCCUUACUAAUAAUACUACUCUCAAUAUGGUGCAGGUUACUAUAAUUAAUUCGGCUAAGCUCCAUAUGGUUAGGGUGUCUAUCAACAACAAAACCCACUUGGCCAGUCUUAACAACAAUACCCAGGAGUUUUUGAGAAUUAGUACAAUCCCCACCAAUAAUAAUAGCAAUAGUAAAACCAAGUUAAUAAUCCUUAUAAUAACCCCUUACCAAAUAUCAAUAUCAAUGGCGGAGGAAACAAUGAGAUUGGAAUGAAUGAGUUACCUCCUUUCGGACAAGUACCAAAUAACAGACCUCGUGCAUCAGAAGCUCAAAUUCUUAAUGAAAUCUAGAAAAUAGAUGCAAUGAGUGAUUACAGAAAAAGAUGCCAGGCAAUGCUGAGCGCAGACAGAAGAAACAAGAUGCUAGUACUUUUAGAUAUGGGUUUCACUGACUUUAAUAAAAAUGAAAGUGCUCUACAAAAGAAUGGCGAUAAACUUGAUGAUGCAGUAAUGGAUCUAAUGGUGUGA